GUUUUAGACUGUCAUUAUUAUUGAUCUGCUGCAGGCACCGUACCUAACCUUUCAGAAUCAUCAUCUUCAUGGCGGAUGCCCCAGAGUGCAUAGUUAUCGGCGUCGACAAUUCUCGUUGGGUGCCCAUCGACUCUGAUAUCUUUCGGGAUCUAUGCGAUGCUAUUGAGUUCUAUUGCAGAGCCAAAUUUAAUGAAAAUUCAGAUACUGUUGUGGGCUUAUACACUAUGAGUUCCGUUAAUCCUGAACAUUUGGUUUAUCCCACUGGAUCUAUUGAAGAAUUAGUUGCUAAGUUCCCAGCUAUGAAUACCGGCUCUGGUCAGGUGGACCUUUUAAGCAUGUUCACAUUUGGCUGUAUGCCCUUGACUCAACACUCUCUCUUCAGUCAACAUAAAAACAAGAAAAAGAGGGUGGUUCUUUUCGUUGCAGGGCUUACGAAUCUGUCUCUUCUAUCUGCGGAGGAAACUGCAAUGGCAUGUAGAGGCAAGGGUAUAGCUAUUGAUGUUAUCGACUUGUAUACAGGUGGACCAACCCGAUAUCCUAUUUCUAACUACUCAUAUGGAAGAAAUGAGCUUGCAGCGUUAAUUAAAAUGCGCAAUGAUAAUGACGGCAAUGACAACUGCCACAUUGUACACGUUGGAUAACGUCCUAUUCGUGAUGCCCUAUCCAAGUCCGGUUUAUUAAAGUAACUCCCUUUCAGUCUGGGGAACAGAAUGUUAAUGCCCCAGAGUGCAUAGUUAUCGGUGUCGACAAUCCUCGUUGGGUGCCCUGUAACUCUGAUAUCUUUCGGGAUCUACGCGAUGCUAUUAAAUACUAUUGCGAAGCCAAAUUUAAGGAAAAUUCAGAUACUGUUGUGGGCUUAUUCACAAUGAGUUCCUUGAGUUCUAAACAUUUGGUUUAUCCCACUGGAUCUAUUGACGAAAUAGUAAUGAGUUCCCACGUAUGAAUGCCGGCUGUGGUCAGGUGGACCUUUUAGGCAUGUUCUCAUUUGGCUGUAUGCCCUUGGUAAAACGCUUCGGUCAACAUAGUAAUAAGAAAAAGAGACUCGUUGUUUUCGUUGGAGGGCUUACGAAUCUGUCUAUGCUAUUUGUGGAGGCAACUGCAAAGGCAUUUAGAGGCAAGGGUAUAGCUAUUGAUGUUAUCAACUUCUUUAAAGGUGAACCACCCAAAUAUCUUGGUUCUAACUACCCGUGUGGAAGAACGGAGCUUGAGGCGCUAAUUAGAUUGUGCAAUGGUUAUGACAAAGGCAACCACCGCUUUGUAGCCGUUGGAUCACGUUCUAUAUGUGACACCGUGUCCAGUUUAUUAAAAGUAAACCCCUUUCAAUACAAGGAGCCGAAUGUUACUGUUAAAAGAAAAUUUGGAGUAGAGGAAUCAAGUGCUGCUUGGGGAAGUAAAAGGAGAGCAAUAUAAGUAAACCCUUUUGAGUACAAGGAACAGAAUGUUACUGUUAAAAGGAAAUUUGGAGUAGAAGAAUCAAGUGUCUGCUUGGGGAAGUAAAAGGAGAGCAAUAAAAGUAAACCCUUUUGAGUACAAGGAACAGAAUGUUACUGUCAAAAGGAAAUUUGGAGUAGAAGAAUCAAGUGUCUGCUUGGGGAAGUAAAAGGAGAGCUGUGGAGGCCUGAUGCAUGCAUGCUGCCUAUUUGUGACCCUUUAUUUUGGUUGUUGAAAUGCACUGUUAAUGGAUAUGUAUGCUCUGCUGAAUUGUUAAUGUUUGUCUGUUCAACGGAUCACAUUAAGUGUGUGACUUGUUUACCUUCUAUCACGUGCUAUUUAUGUGCUGUAAAUCUGUAAUGUUGAUCGUUAUGCUUAAAGCAUAGAUAAAA